AUGGCUGACUCCAAGAGAGCAACUGAUAAAAGCAUGGUACUGUCAGAGGAGACUGCUGACAUUGAGAAGGAUGCUUCCGACGACAUCGUGUCCAAGAAUAGGACCGCAGAUGAUGAAAGCAAGUUUCCCACUGGCCUAGCGUUAUGGUCGAUACUAGGUCCUGUUACAAUCGCCUACUUCCUGGUGUUCCUCGAUAUGUGUGUCGUGUCUACCGCAACCCCAGCCAUCACCCAGCGGUUUAAUUCUCUGGUCGACGUCGGCUGGUAUGGUGGUGCGUACCAGCUCAGCAACUCUGCUCUUCAGCCGCUCACUGGUAAAAUCUACAGCCAUUUUAACAUCAAGUGGUCCUUCCUUCUCUUUUUCUUCAUCUUCGAGCUCGGAUCUGUCAUCUGUGGAUCCGCCGUCUCGUCGCCUAUGUUCAUUGUCGGCAGAGCAAUUGCCGGCGCUGGCUCGUCAGGUAUUGGGAACGGCGCUUUGACUAUCAUCUCGGCCGUGCUACCGGUUAGGAAGCAAGUUCAGUUCCUGGGGAUCAAUCUAGGCAUCGGCCAACUCGGUAUCGCCUUGGGUCCCAUCAUUGGCGGUGCAUUCACUCAAAAUAUCUCGUGGCGUUGGUGCUUUUACAUCAACCUUCCUAUUGGUGGUGUCCUGGCCAUUCUGCUGUUCUUCUUCACGAUUCCUGAGCCGACCAAUAAGUUGCCGCCCAGACAAGUCCUCGGCACCGCGAUCAAGUCUCUAGAUCUUCCGGGCUUUUUGCUUAUUAGCCCGGCUGCCGUCAUGUUCUUGCUUGCACUACAAUACGGCGGGACUGUGUACUCAUGGAAUAGUUCCGUUGUGAUCGGCCUUCUGGUCGGCGCCGCCGUCACCUUUGUUCUCUUCCUUGCCUGGGAGCACCACCAGGGAGAUGACGCCAUGGUACCUUUUGCAAUGAUCAAAAAGCGGAUUGUGUGGUCUGCUGCGGGUAACUUAUUUUUCCUUCUUUGUGCCAUUUUGGUGGCCGAAUACUACCUCGCCAUUUACUUCCAAACCGUGCUCGACAAUAGACCUAUCAUGAGCGGUGUACAUUUGCUACCAACGACUUUAGGCUUGGUCUUCUUCACCAUGCUCUCCGGAAUGAUGACCGAGAUCUUCGGUUAUUAUCUGCCCUGGAACCUAGGAGGAAGCGCCCUAGCCGCCAUUGGCUAUGGUGUCAUGUCUACGAUCAAGCCCACGACUUCCUCCUCAAAAUGGAUUGGUUAUCAAAUCCUCUAUGGUGUUGGUAGUGGGGCUAUGACCUCAGCACCCUAUGUAGCUAUUCAAAACCUUGUGCCCCCUCCACAGAUACCUAUUGCAAUGGCUAUCAUCAUCUUCUGUCAGAACAUGGGCGGCGCCGUCUUCCUAAUUGCUGCCAAUUCCAUCUUCACCAACGGCUUGCGUGAGGAGCUUCAGAAGCACAUCCACGAAAUUGGCGUCCAACCAGACAUCAUCCUUACCACUGGACUCACUUCAAUACGAAGUCUUGUCUCUGGUGAUGCGCUCACAGCCGCACUCAAGUGCUAUACCAACGCAAUUAGUCACGUCAUGUAUCUCGGUAUCGGGGUCAGUGUAGCCACAUUUGCGUUUGGCUGGGGCCUAGGAUGGGUUGACAUUCGGAAAGUGAAGCAGUUGCAGACCAUUCAGGCAAAUUCUGUUCUGGUUGUGCCGGAGAACAAGAAGGACAUAGACUCCAUCGCCAAAACGGGGAACAUUGAGUAA